CAGCAAUAAAUCAUGGAUUUUGACUUUGUGAAUAAUGUAAGGAGCAAUGAGGGUCAAAUAUUGUCGAAUGUGUCCAAUUUUUUUUUUACUUUCUUUUUAUUACAGAAAUGAGUAAUGGGUCACUUUUUGUAGGCCGUUUGUCUUAGGAAUGUGCCAAACUUUUCCAAGUGCAGGCAUGCAUGCCUAAGGAUGCAUCUCGUUUCUGUAUUUCGCCAAAUCCACAGGCCAAAUCGCCUAACGAGCGAAAGGCCCUUUCCCCAUCAGAAAAGGUCGAACAAUUCCAAUUUCCAACGUUGUCUGCUGAUAAGAAAGCAGACUGCUGGAGGGGGUUUGACGUUGGAGGGGGCCAGCACGAGGUUGAUUUGAUAGCAAAACGACAGUCGAGUUAGAAUCUUCGGUUGGAUUCGUCGCGAGUCAGUGCCGGUACUUCUGAACGUAGUGCGGUUUCACGUUUACACAGGCCCACCGUCCACAGGCAAACUAAUCUCACAAAUAUAUGAAGAACCCAGAUGCUAAUAUUUUGCCGUCACGUUGGAGAGAGAGAGUUGUGAUGGAGGGACCCUGGAGGGUGCAGGCGAGCUGUCCGACUGCUUCUUCCACGUGGCCAAGGUCGGACCUUCGAGCCGUCUCCGAAUGCUCAUUCCAAAACUCAAUAAAGUUGUGUGCAGCGAUCGUAUAAGUCAAAUGAGCAGGACCUACAAUGAUAUUGAGGCGGUUACACGUUUACUAGAAGAGAAGGAAAAAGAUAUCGAGUUAACAGCAAGGCUUGGUCAAGAAUUACUGGCACAAAAUUCUAAACUUGAGGCGAAAAUCGAACAACUCGAGAAUGAAUUACGUAUAUCAAACGAGAAGACAAUACAACUCUCCCACGAUCUACAGAAAAAGUCUGAAAUUAUACAAAUUCUAACCAAUGACAUUGAUGAUUCUGGCUCCGAAGCUGGGACGCCGACUGGUGUCAAGUUUGAAACGCUCAAAAAUCGCAUUGAUAAACUAGAAAUCGAGAAUAAAUCUUUGAAAAAAGAGACUUUUAGACUUGCUGAAGAGACUGAAAAAUGCGAAGAGGCAGAGGCCAAGCUGGUCGAGGACCUUGUGGCACAGUUAGAUCUGUGCCGCAUGGACCUUGCCACAGCUGGAAUAGAAGGAGAAAAAAUAAAACAAAAGGAAAGUGAGUUGAAAGAGCAAGUUGACCAUCUGGAGGCAAAACUUGAGGCAACUGGGGAGAGAUUGGAACAGGCAUUGCAAGAAAACGAAGAACUACUUAAAAUGGUGACCAUCAGUAGAGAAACCCAAUGCGAAUUGGCAACUGAACUUGUUGAAGUUAAAGAAAAAUAUUCAGAGUUGGUUGCACUUGUAGACGAAUGGAGAGAGAAUACAAAAAAGACCAAAAAACAAAGCCAGUUGUCCGUCAGAGUGGGGCCUGUUUAUUCUUCACUUAUGCAAAAUGCAACAAAUUACAACCCAGAUUCAAUAGCUGCAGAGUUAGAAUGUUCCUUGUUGUCCGAGCUCAGUUUAGAUUCUGGUUUAGGAGCUUCCUCUACUGGUGGUGUCCUACCUAACUAUAAAAAAGUAUUUGAAACUUUCAAAAUGGCAUCUCAUAGUAGCAGUAUUGGAGGCAGCACGUCACAAACCCCAGCUCCAAUGCCUACAUUGGGAGGGACAGUGUUGAGUUCUUCCACAGUGUUACCCACAUCUAUUCUUCCAGUAUCUGGCAUCGAUUCCUUUUCAGCUUCAUCAGUUGUAAGUGACACUGAAGAAGAUCUCAAAACUUUCAAGGCUGAGCUUACACCAAACAAAGAAGAAGUCUUACAAGCUGCGCUGAGCAGGUUAUCCAUCUCUGACUUAGAGGCGAGAAGAACAGCCUUGAGCAGAGGAGCUCUUCCAAAUUAUUCAGAUGAUUAUUCAGCUCCUGAUUCUAUUAUGUCCAUCAGCAUCACUUCACCUUACACCGGCUGGAAGCUUCCAGAAAAGUUACAGAUCGUAAAACCAAUAGAAGGUUCCCAGACAUUACACCACUGGAGUGAGCUUGCUACACCCUCAAUGGAUGGUUUGUUGGAAGAGCAACCUGGUAUUAAAAUAAGAGGAGGAACCGAUCUUGAAGCAUUGGGACUUCAGAUGUGCACAUUAUCCGAUAUAGAAGAAGACGAUGAGAUUCAUCCAGGGAAGAGCUUUUCAAAUACAAGCCAUGUAUAUACAUUUACCAAUAGCACAGUUAUGCAUCCUGAUGAUAAUACUCAUGUAACUUCAACUUUACGUGGAAGCCAGAUGACAACAGCUUCAAGCAGCCGGGUCAGUUCAAUUGCCAGUACACCGGUAACGAGGUCGAGACGAAACUCUACAUCUACCGUCUCGACAGCGCCUGGAUUGGCUAGGCUGCUUGCUGAAAGGGGCAUCAAAGCUGCGACGCCUUCGACACUAGUAACGCCAGAAUACAGCCCGACUGCCACGCCCUGUAACAGCCCGGAACGUUGUUCAUCACCAACACCAGAUGACGAAUCACACUCAUCUUUGGGACUUCCAGGAUUCCUCAUGUCGAGUGGAGCGGAAUUGUUAUGGAAAGCUCUGGGCAGUGCGCUCAAAUCACCAGCACCACAAGUUAAAAACUCUUCACCAGCAAAGAAAGGUCUCUUGAGGCCCGAUAAAAAGGCUGCUUUGACUGGAAUCCGUCUGGUAGAGAGGAUAGAAAGAAUCGGCCUCGAAGAGAUUUUAGCAACAAGUGGAGGGACAGGAGGAACUGUUGCCGAACCCGGUUCUCCUAGGACGCUGCACAGAGCAGGUCUCAGGAGGACAGUUCGAAGCUUUGAGAAGGGCCCUGGGGUUCUAGGCGUGCCUGGAAGGCCGGGCACCGGAGCCCUGGAAGCAAGACUAGCUCACAUACCAGCACCUGGCCAGGGCGGGAGAGUAGUGCGGCCUGAUCUCGGUUCCGUUCCUUCGCCACCUGGUCUUGCUCCCUCUCACGAAUCCCUAGGCACUCUUAGCUCUAUAUUUUUUGGUCGAAAAGGAGGUCUUCUGUAAAGCCAAUAUUCCAGAAGCAGACUUAUUAAUUUAUAAACAAUAAUUUAAUACCCAGCUGCCUUUUUUUGUUAGGUAGAUGGUAAAUUGAAGGUUUUUAUUUAUUUCUUAUAUCACAUCCGUAGUUGUAUAUAUUUUAAGUUAAAACCGGUUAUCACCUUUUCUUCUUGAAAAUUUGGAAGAAAAGAUUGAUUUAAGUGUAAUAUAUUUUUUUUUAUACAUAUAUUUUGUUAGUUCAGAAGAAAGGCUGUGCAUGAAAAGUUAUUGUAUGAAAAGCCAGACAAAUUAUCGUCUUAGCAAAAAAUUAAACAUUAAUUAAAACUAGUUGAAAUAUUUAAAGAAGUAAAUAUGUCAGUAUCCUUGUGAUUUUGUCUUGCAAUGUGUAAUGUUAAAAAAAAUUGCCAAAGAUCUGUAUAAUACAAAAUCAAUAAUUUAUUAUUAAAUAACCUUGUUAUAAAAUUUAAUGAUCCCAAAUUAACCACAUUAUUUGACAAAUACAUAAAGGUACAAAACAAUGCUAUUAAAUAUAUUUACAAGAAAUCAAUUUGUGUUACUAUAGAAUGAUUAAAUAUAUUAAAAAUUAGUAAUAACUUGUUUUUCUGCCUAGGACAAUAUAAAAAAAUAAAGUGUAUUGCAUACUUUUUACAAUUUAUAUGUAUAUAAAUACAGUGAAAUAAUUUAUUUUAUUUUGUAAAAACUAAUCUGGUGCUGAGUUGCAAAAUUGUAUUCUUUUUUUUGUUUUUUUUAAUUUAAAAACAGAACAAAAAAAUCAUUGUAGUAUUAACAAUUUGACACGACGUUACAUAUAAAGAAUGCUGUUUGUUCAGUUUGUUUGAUUAUAGAUUCCUUUUAGAUUAUUAGGACUAGUGCUUUUGCCAGUCUUUAAUACAGAUUGUGCAUUUAAGCAAGCCAAGAGCACUCCGUAUCUUGCAUUAAUUACAUGUACAUAG